GACACUUAUAACUUUUAACAUAAUACUUUGAAAGAUUUUUCUUUUUUUCUUCUUUAAAAUGUUAAACAAUAGUGAAAAAGUUGAUUGAAAUGUUAAACAAUAGUGAAAAAGUUGACACUCACCAUAAAUUAAAAUCAUAUCAACUUUUUCACUAUUGUUUAACAUUUUAAAUUUUGUAUUAAAUUAUUUAAAUACAUUUCUUUUUUGUUCAAAAAUGAUUUACUUUUGUAUGAAAUUCAAGCGUGUAAUGUUUUAGGAUGAUGUAAGCAGCUGUGUUAUCUGAGACUCAUACCAUUUUCAUUUUUCAUAACUGGUUUAUAUAAAUACGCGUAGUGUUGUCUCCCCAUAUGCUAGUUGGUAUACGUAUAAGUAACACAAAUAUUAAAAGCAACGUUUUAGUUUGUAUCGAGUUCUCGUUUUUACAUAGUGUAUAAUAAAUUCUAAAUAAUACUGCAGUUUGUUGGAAAAUAGAAAUAAUGUCCAUCCAACUUACUAGUUUAGUGAUUUUGGCAGCGAUAGCCACCAACAUUGUGUUCGGUGCCCCAACAACCUCUGUCUCGGAUUCCGAUUGCGAUUUGAUAACGCAACUUAUAGAUACUAGAUACCCACUGACCGACCCAAUAGUGUUGCCCGAUGGCAGUGUCAAGUACCGCAUAGCUCUUAUCAGCGACUUGGACAAAAACUCUGUGAGCCCAGACGAGCCUUUUACGUGGAUCAGUUAUUUCAAAAAAGGGUACCUGACUUAUAGUCCGGCCAAUAAAAAAAUUUCGAUUGAAUGGGAUAAUUCCACGAGUAAAGGCGAUCAGUUAAAAUCGCACUUUUCGGAGAACGGUCGAGGUUCAGAGCUAUCAGAGUUAGUUACCUAUGAUGCUAAUCUAAUAACACUAGACGACAAAACUGGAUUGGUUUAUUUAAUCCAAAACAACGUUUUGAUACCCUGGGUGACGGUUUCUGCCGGCAAUGGACCAACAACGAAAGGUAUGAAGAACGAAUGGGCCACCGUUAAGGACUCGAAACUUUACGUGGGCUCGCAUGGUAAUGAAUUGGUGUCGGCGAACGGUCAGGAGGUCGAUCGGUCAUUAAUGUGGGUGAAGACCAUCGACAAGUCCGGAAGCGUGCAUCACCUGGACUGGACGGAAAACUACGUCAAAGUCCGGGCUGCCAUGAAUAUACACUUCCCGGGGUACAUGACUCACGAGGCAGUCGUGUGGAGUGACGUGCAUUGCCGAUGGCUCUUUUUGCCGAGAAAAGCUUCGGCGGAACCGUACGAUCAGUUGACGGACGGCCAGAAAGGCACGAACGUACUGUUAUCCGUCUCACCAGAUUUUGAUGACGUUAAGGUAAUAUGCAUUGGUGAACUAAUGCCUAACCAUGGUUAUUCUAGUUUUAAAUUUAUUCCUGGAACUAAAAAUACAGUUAUUACUGCAAUCAGCACUCAAGAAGAAGGCGGCGUUACAGCCACGUUUAUAAAGGCGUUCACCGUCAACGGAGAGAUCCUUUUUCCGGAAACUAAAGUUUCGGAUCUUAAGUAUGAAGGAUUUGAGUUUAUAUAAAUUUUUAUUUAAUAAAUUAACUAUAUUUGUUUUUAUAGUUAUAUACAGUUUAUAUACGAAUGUACAAUUUACAUUGUACAAUAUUAUAAUA